AUGGGUUUUGGUCCUAAAAUUCUCUGCCCUCACCUUCACAACCUCCCUCCCAGUCUCAAGACCGACCUCUCUCUCUUCCCUCGCCGUUGGCUUCACAAGCACAGUCUUUCCCUGAAACAUGCAAAACACCAAUUGGUCUCCGUUAGGGCAACUGAGAGUAGUGAUGAUCUUGAGAGAACUCGUCCCUUGGCAAACUUUUCUCCCACUCUUUGGGGAGAUAACUUCCUUUCUGUUCCCCUUAACAUCGCUGAUUUGGAUGAUUUCUCAAGAGAGAUUGAAGUAACGAUGAAGCCAAAAGUGAGAAACAUUCUCAUGUCUUCCAAAAACAGCGACUACGAGAGGAUUCAUCUCAUCCAUCUGCUUAUUAACCUUGGAAUCUCAUAUCAUUUCGACAUUGAGAUUGAUGAGAUCCUUAGCCAAGCUUUUGGGAAUUUGGAAGACAUAAUAGCCAAGGAAAAUGAUUUGGAAAGAAUCUCAACCAUGUUUGAGGUUUUCAGAUUACGCGGCUACUAUAUGUCAUGUGAUGCAUUCAAUAGAUUUAGAGGUGAAGAUGGGAGGUUCAAGGAAUGUCUAGCUGAGGAUGUUAGAGCGAUGAUACAGUUCUACGAAGCAGCGCAUCUCGGGACACCGUCUGAAGAUAUAAUGGACGAAGCAUUGAGUUUCAGUAGGUAUCACCUAGAGACGUCUCUGACAGGUCAACACGUAGAAAAUGCUACUCCACAUCUCUCUAGGCACAUAAAAAACGCAUUGUUUAGAGCUCGAUAUCAUAACUUGGAGAUCCUCAUCGCCACAGAAUAUAUCUCCUUUUAUGGUCAAGAAGAAGACCACAACGUGAUGCUUCUCAAGUUCGCAAAGCUCAAUUUCAACUAUUGCCAGCUACAUUACAUCCAAGAGCUAAAAGAACUUACCAAAUGGUGGACGGAGCUAGAUCUUGCAUCUAAGCUACCUUACAUCAGGGACAGAAUAGUAGAGGUCUUUUUCGGGGCACUCGCAUUGUAUUUCGAGCCACGGUAUUCACUUGGGAGAAUUAUAGUCACUAAGAUUACUAUGAUUACGACUGUUUUGAAUGAUACAUGUGAUGCAUACGGCACUCUUCCUGAAGUCACAAGCCUCAUUGAUUCUUUCCAAAGGUGGGAUCUUGGGGACAAUGAAAAUCUACCAAGCUAUUUAAGACCUGUCUUACAAAGUGUGGUGGGUACUAUAGAAGAGAUCAAACAAGAAAUGAAGCCACGAGGAAGAUCAGGCCUAAUGCAACUAAUAGUAGAUGAGACGAAGAACUUGGGGAGAGCCUACUUAGCCAUCGCAAAAUGGGCACGUUCAGGUCACGUGCCAACCUUUGAGGAGUACAUGGAGUUUGGUAUGAUGACGUCAAUGGAUAAAUUUGCAGCCUAUUGCUUUGUCGUGAUGGAAGAUUGUGAUGACAAUCAAGUGUGCGAGUGGUACAAUUCAAGACCAAAAAUGAUGGAAGCUUUGAAUGUAGUGUUUCGUAUUAGGAACGACAUAUUCACCUUUGAGCAUGAGAUGAGAAGAGGAGAAGUGGCUCAAGGGCUGAAUUGCUACAUGAAGCAACAUGGUGUUACCAAGGAAGAAGCCAUUAGAGAGUUAAACAAGAUUUCGAGUGAUUAUUACAAAAUAAUAAUGGAAGAGUUCUUGACGACAACCGCUGUGCCACGCCCGAUUCUGGUGCGAUGCCUCAACGUUUCGCGACCCAUUGACCAUUUUUACAAGGAGAGUGAUGAAUUCUCGAAUCCUUAUUUCGGAAAGCUCAAAGAAGUGAUGGCUUCGUUGUUCAUCUAUCCACUUCCUCUUUGA